AUGGCGGGCAAAAGUGGGAUCGCCCGUCAACUCGAACGAGUGCGACCAAAAUUUGACCAAGAAUUGGAUAUUAACAAAGUAUUUCCUCGCUUGCUCAGAAGAGGAAUUUUCUCUGUGUCAGAAGAAAAGAGAAUUCUUGAACCGACAGUUCCUCAAAGAAGGAUAGAUGUUCUUUUGGAUAUUAUAUCGAAAAAAGAUCGCAAUGUUUUUGUUGAGUUUUGCAAAACUUUAGAGGAGUGUGAUCCACAUUUGUUGACUGUGAUCGUGUUAGAUACCCUGCAAGAAAACGAGGAAGAGAACCCACCCACACAAGCUCUGCAACUGGGCUUUGAAAUCGCUCUCAAGGAAAGAGAUGCAGUUCUCCGUGAGAAUGCCAAGGCUCAAGAAGAGCGGGACCAGGUCAUAAGACAGUUGGAACAAGUGAAAAAUGAAAGAGAUUUGGCUUUGCUCAGUCUGGAAAACAUAGCUGGCAAACACGGGCAUUCACAAGACAAACAUUUGGUCUCCAGCUCACAAACUCUGCCUAGAAUCAAAAAUAUGAAGGACAUGUCCCCUGCUGCAGAGGCAGGUCAAGCAUUUGAAGAGACCAACCCUAAUGUAGUUUGGGAGACUCACAAUGUCAGGUUGCAGAAGGCCCCAACGUUUGGGUUUGGCAUUGCUGUCAGUGGAGGGCGGGACAGUCCUCAUUUUGCCAAUGGCGACCCGUCUGUAGCCAUUUCUGAUGUCCUCAAGGCUGGUCCUGCUGAGGGAAAAUUGCAAAUAAAUGAUCGGAUCGUAAGUGUCAACGGUAUCCCCUUGGACAACGUGGAUCACAACACUGCCAUUACCGUGCUGAGGGAUUGUGGAAACAUAGUCAACCUGGUUGUGAGGCGAAGAGUUUUGCUGCCUAGCUCACCAGUGGAAAGAUCUAGCCCUCCAUUCAGGAUCAAUCUGAGCAAAACGAACAAAAAAGACGAUUUUGGUAUUGUGCUGGGUUGCAAACUAUUCAUUAAGGAGAUAGUUCAGCAGUCACUAGCUUCCCAGGAAUCUGCUUUGAAAAAAGGACAAAUUGUUUUAAAGAUCAAUAACACACCUGUAGAAAAUCUCUCUUUGGCGGAGGCAAAGAAACUCAUAGACAAAACCCGUGACAAGCUCCAGUUGGUUGUCCAAGAGGAGGGAGGCUAUACUAGCUCUUCAUUUGCUUCCCCAGCUGCUGUUGCUAAUGAUGUUGUUUGGGAUAAAAGUGAUGUCAACAUCUACAGAGCAGGGACACGCUUGGAAGAAGAGUUAUAUGUGAGAGAUCCAACGUCUGGAGUGCAGCAUGCGGUCCCUCCUGGCGCUUAUCCCAACUCGGAGAACACAAGAUAUGAUGGCCACUAUGUUCUAGACAACGAUCUGCCAACAGUGUCUACCUUGCCGCGAAGUUUUGAAACCAAUGUCCUACAUCAGCAAGAGGAUAUGAAAUCUUUCCCACCUGUCAGCCAUGAUGGUUACUAUAGCGAUCAAGGAGGCACAUGGCCAGGCCCUGGGGAGCUUCCCCUGUGGCAGAGGUCUGGGGAUUAUGUUGAUGAGGCAUUCCCUAGGAGGAUAAUUAAUGAUUUAGAUCCCCGAAGUGUAAGCUUUCCUAAAGACAAACAGACAGGGCUGGGUUUAAGACUUGCAGGUGGAAAUGCCACAGGAAUCUUUAUUGCCAGUGUUCAGCCUGGAAGUGCAGGAGAGAGAGAAGGACUUGUGGAAGGCGAUCAGAUCAUUCUGGCCAAUGAGAAGGAGAUCACAGGGAUGACUCGUGAGGAAGCUGUCCAUUUCCUGACCAGUCUUGAGGGGCAGGUGACACUGGUGGUACAGUACAGAAAGGAAGAAUACGAUCGAAUCAUGGCAAGUCAUGAGGCAGGAGAUUCUUUCUAUAUCAGGACUCACUUCAACCACACUGCCACAGACAUCAAUGAGCACUCCUUCAAGAUUGGUGAUGUUUUUCAUGUCAAGGACACGCUGUUUCGGGGCAUUGGUGGUGCUUGGUUAGCUCUCAGUGUUUCAGAGGACUUCAUUGAACAGAAGAAAGGAACCAUUCCAAAUAGCAAAACUGCUGAGGUUCUGAGACAACAGCAGAAAGAAGACGGUGACAAGGAGAACUUCCCAAACAGAGGAAGGGGCAGUUUGUUCAAGAGGAAGUCCACCUCACGCCGUGUCAAGUCACUGGGAAAGGAUCACUGGGAUGAGGUGAUUUUCGCCGGACUUAGCACCAGAUUUCCAGCCUAUGAACGUGUCGUCUACAGAGACCCUGGAUUUGUGAGACCUGUUGUUAUAUUUGGAGCUAUUGCUGACAUUGCCAGAGAGAGGCUGUUGGCAGAGUACCCAGAUAAAUUUUACUUCCCCCAGAUGGACAAGUCCACAGAUCAUGGGGAGAAAAAAGACAAGACCACAAUUAUACGACUGAGCUCCAUACAAGAAGCCAUCACACAUAGGAAACACUGUCUCCUGGAUGUCACCCCUCACAGUGUGGACAGACUCAACUACGCCCAGUACAACCCCAUUGUCAUCUUUCUGAGGGCAGAGAGCAAACAGGCAGUUAAAGAUGUCAGGGGCCGCUGGAAAACAGCAGCCAAAAGUGUUCGGAAAUUGUUGGAGCAGAGCGAAAAAAUUGAGAAGGAAUAUCCCCACCUCUUCACAGGCCAGUUGAAGCACAUGGGCACUGACGCUUGGUUUCCCAAACUUUGUGAGAUGAUUGACUCGCAGCAGAGGCAGCAGAUUUGGAUGUCGGAGAAACAG